UGGUUCCGGAAGUAGGCGUCCUCCGCUGGGACGGUCGCCUGGACCAAGGAUGCUGAGCCCCGAGCGCCUGGCCCUACCGGACUACGAGUAUCUGGCUCAGCGACAUGUUCUCACAUACAUGGAGGAUGCAGUGUGCCAGCUGCUGGAGAACAAGGAAGAUAUUAGCCAAUACGGAAUUGCCAGGUUCUUCACUGAAUAUUUUAACAGUGUCUGUCAAGGAACUCACAUCCUCUUUCGGGAAUUCAGCUUCAUCCAGGCCACCCCUCACAACAGGGCUUCCUUCCUACGGGCCUUCUGGAGGUGCUUCCGAACAGUGGGCAAAAAUGGAGACUUGCUGACCAUGAAGGAGUACCACUGUCUGCUGCAGCUACUGUGUCCCGACUUCCCGCUGGAGCUCACGCAGAAAGCAGCCAGGAUUGUGCUCAUAGAUGACGCCAUGGACUGCCUGAUGUCCUUCUCUGACUUCCUCUUCGCCUUCCAGAUCCAGUUUUAUUACUCAGAGUUCCUGGAGAGUGUAGCAGCCAUCUACCAAGACCUGCUGUCGGGCAGGAACCCCAACACAGUGGUGGUGCCCACUUCGUCCAGUGGGCAACACCGACAGCGGCCGCCCCUGGGUGAAGCAGGCCUGCUGGAGGGUGUGGAGGCAUCUCUAUUCUCACAGCGCCUGGAGAGCCUGUGUGACAGGCACAAGUACAGCUGUCCACCCCCCGCACUCGUCAAGGAGGUCCUGAGCAAUGUGCAGAGACUGACUUUCUAUGGCUUCCUUGUGGCUCUCUCAAAGCAUCAUGGGAUCAACCAAGCCCUGGGAGCUUUGCCUGACAAAGCGGACCUGAUGCACGACCCUACCAUGGACGAAGAGCUGGAGCGGCUGCUAGCCCAGGUCCCCGGCCUGGUCACCCCAGUCAAUGCCGGCCCUGAGGUCAGCCACCUGCCUUCCCGGAACCUUCCCCGGUCUGGUUCCCCCUGGAGACCCCUCCACCACGCCCGCAAAGUGGACACAGAGAGUGACGGCUCCACCGAGGAGACGGAUGAAUCUGAAACCUGAGGCGAUCCCAUACAGCGCCCCCAUCCACCUGCCCCCCC